AUGGCAGACACCACCGCAGCUCCCGCUGCCCCCAAGACCGAGGCUUCUGAGGGCAAGCAGCAGUUCGUGCGCCCCGAAAAGCCAGAUGAGACUGUCUACAAAGACCACUUGUACAAGCUGGAGAAGGCGCACUCCGAUGCCCAGGCCAAGUUCAAUGCCGCCAAAGCAAAGCUCGAUAAUGCCCGCCCCAACAACAAGGACUCUCCCAACGCUGUACGCCAGCAAGAGCUCAAGGCCGAGCUCACCAAGAUCCGACAAACCCAACAGGGCCAGAAAUCCUCACGCACCGCCAUCCUAGACAAAGUGAAGCGCCUCGACGAACAGCUCAAGGGCCGCAUUGGGGAGCUCAAGACCGCUAAGGGCAAAGUGAACUUUAAGAGCGUCGAGGACGUUGAUCGCGAGAUUGCACGACUCCAGAAGGAGGUAGAUACCGGCCGUAUGAAGAUUGUCGACGAGAAAAAAGCUCUCAACGAGAUCACGAACCUCAAUAAGGCUCGCAAGAACUUCUCAGGUUUCGAUUCUCAGCAAAAGGCGAUCGACGACCUCAAAGCGCAAAUCGCCGAGCAAAAGAAGCUGCUGGAUGAUCCAGAGCAGAAGGCUCUCAGCAGCCGGUAUACCGAGCUUCAGGAUGAGUUGGACAAGCUCAAGGCGGAGCAGGAUGGAGCGUUCAAGAACAUGAAGGUCCUGAUGGAGGCCCGGGACAAGGCUCGUGAAGAUCAGCAGAACAAAUUCCAGGCCAUCAAGGAGCACAAGGACCAGUACUACCAGCAGAAGCGCGCCUUUGCUGAAUACGACUUCCAGGCCCGCAAGGCCCGUCAAGAGCGCAAGCGACAGGAACAGGCCGAAUACCAGGCGAACAAGCGAAAGGAGGUUGCUGCUAAGCGUCUCGAGGAGGCCAGCGCCCCUGCCUACCAGGACGAGAUCCUUGCCUCUGAGGGUUUGAUCCGCUACUUUGAUCCGUCCGCUCUGCCUGCGAAAGAGACGGCAACCCCCAGCAAAUUCGCUGCUUCCGCGCAGAGGACUGUCGACGACUCUGGUCUCAAGGGAACCCGGCUCUCCAAGAAAGGCGAUGACGAGGAGGCAUACUUCAUUGGCAGCGGCGGAAAGAAGAACAAGAAGGGACGGAAAGCCGCCGCCCCGACAUCGGAGAAGUUCAACCUGAACAUUGGUGUCCUGGAUGAGCUUGCCAAGGUUGGAGUGAAUCCGCCAUCCAGCCAGGCAGACGUCCCUGCCACGGUUGAGAAGUUGAAGGAGAAGCUCGAGAAGUGGAAGUCUGAGCAAGAUGCUAAGACUAAGGAGCCGAUGCCCAAAUUGGCAUCGGUUCUUGCGCAGUCUACUUCGUUACUGUACAUCCCACGCUACUGCAAGAGAAAACGUACGAACAUCGCGAAGGCGCAAAAGGAAAUUGAUCGCUUGGAGGCUGAGGAGACUGAAGGUGUCACUGAUACCGCACGCAAGCCCUCGGAAAAGAAUCAGGCUGUCAAUGGCGGUCCUGUCUCUGCGGCCGCUGAACUUGAACAGGAAAAGGCUGCAGAGGCCGACGUGGCGGAGGAGCUCGAGAAGGCAAAGAUUGAGGACAGCGAGGCUCCUGAGUCAUAG